AUGGAGAUUGGACAGAAAGUUGAUAAGGAUGUAAAAUUUAAUAUUUUUAAGCGGGUUAAUGAAUUACUGAAUAUUGACAAUCCCAUUUUUGCAUACAAAUUUAUAGGUAAUCAUCCAAUUUCUCUUACAAAUGAUAAUAUCAUUCUUUUAUUAAAAAAUGAUUACAUGGUAUGUGAGAAAUCAGAUGGUGUUAGAAUGCUAUGUUUAACUAUUGACAAUAAAAUAUAUUUUUAUGACAGAAAAAAUGAUGUAUAUGAAAUACAAUAUGAUAAUCUCAAUAUUGGAAAUUCAAUUAUAGAUGGUGAGUUAUUUUAUGAUCAUAAAAAAAAGUUGAACUAUGGAAUCUUUGAUUGUCUUGUGUAUAAUAAUGAAAUUAUCACAGAUAAGCCUUUACUUAAAAGAUUGUAUUAUUGCGAACAAUUUGUUACAAGUAUUGAUUUUAAUAUAAAUUUUUAUGUGAAGAGUAUGUAUAAGAGUUAUGGUUUUCUAGAAAUUUACAAUCAGAUCAAAAAUUUAAAUCAUAAAAAUGAUGGCCUGAUUUUUACACCUGUUAAUGAUAAAUAUAUUUUGUAUAAAAGGGGAACACAUUUGAAAUGGAAACCACCUGAAAUAAAUACAAUAGAUUUUAGACUUAAACAGAGAAAGGCGGGUCUUUACGCUUUGACAUGUACAUAUAAAAAUAACGAAAUUAUUUUUGAUUAUUUUGAGACUGAUCACAAUGAUUUAGAUGGAAAAAUAGGCGAAUUUGUAUUUGAUAAAGAAAAAAUAGUUAAUGAUAUUGAAAAUGAUAUAUUGAAAAUAGGUGGAUGGGUGUUAUAUAAAAUUAGAGAAGAUAAAAAUACACCAAAUCAUUAUAGAGUUGUUAAUAAUAUUUUAGAAAGUCUUGAUGAUAAUUUAGAUAUAGAAGAGUUAUCAAGAUAUUAUAAACCAAUGAGAAAUAAUUACAAAAUAAGGGAAACAUUAAAAAAAUAA